CUCUCCCUUCGAACAAAAGAGUACUGCGUUUCGCAAAAAUCGUGUAUCGUCUCCUCCCGACGCUUCACGCUGAAUCGCUGCUACCACAAGAUCCAGUAAUAGAUGUUGUUAUCCAGGGCCUCCAUUUCCAAAUCUCUAUUCCCCACCUCUCCUCUUGGUCGCAUACAGCUCGCGAAUUUAUAUUGCACAAUUAGAUUAGCAUGUUCUUCGUUUCUCGCGAAUUGCGCAACACAUAAUCAAGAUGAAUUGCAGACGCAUAGUCGAUUAAAUGGCGGCGUAAACUAUCGGAAGUUAUGCCUGGGAAGUUCUUCAGGCUUUUCAACGCAAGCCGGAUUAUAUCAAGUCGAUUUUAUCUCACCCAGUUCUGAUAACUUAUCUUCUGAUAAUGACUCGAGUGUUACGUGUGUAAACAUGAUCGAAAAUGUUCUCAAGUCUAUUGAUGAGAAUAGCGAGUUAGAGACGGCGCUCGAUCAAUUCUCGUCCAAGAUAAAUGAAGAUGUAGUUAUUCAGAUCCUACGGAGGCAUCGAUCUGAUUACAAACUCGCCUUAUCGUUCUUUACUUGGGCCUCUAUGCAACCGUGUUAUACUCACGGAUCGAGAGCAUAUAAUGAGAUGCUCGAUAUUCUCGGAAGGAUGAAACAGAUCAAGCUAAUGAGACAGCUAUUUGAUGAGAUUCCUAAAGACGGUAGCGGCGACUCAAUAGUUAACGACAAAACUUUUGCCAUUUUAAUGAAUAGAUAUGCGGCGGCGCACAAGGUCCAAGAAGCUAUAGAUAUAUUCUAUAAAAGGAAGGAGUUCGGCUAUGAGCUCGACUUGGUCGGUUUUCAGACUCUUUUAAUGUCCCUUUGCCGAUACAAACACGUCGAAGAGGCCGAAGCCCUCUUUCUCCAAAAGCAAAAGGAAUUCCCCCCCGUUAUAAAGAGCAGAAACAUAAUUCUUAACGGUUGGUGCUUGUUGGGAAGCUUACGUGAUACUAAGAGGUUUUGGAAUGACAUAAUCUCUUCGAAGUGCAAACCGGAUUUGUUCACUUAUGGCAUUUUUAUUAAUUCCUUGACCAAGGCUGGCAAGUUGGGAAGUGCAGUAAAGCUUUUCACUUCCAUGUGGGAGAAAGGAAUCAAUCCGGACGUUACGAUUUGUAAUUGCAUUAUCGAUGCGUUAUGCUUUAAGAAGAAAAUCCCACAAGCGCUCGAGAUAUUUGGCGAGAUGGAUGAGCGCGGUUGCCUUCCAGAUUCCGCGACUUAUAACUCUUUGAUAAAACACCUUUGCAAGAUAAAGAGGAUGGAGAAGGUAUACGAGCUUUUAGAUCAGAUGGAGGAAAAAGGUUGCCUUCCAAAUGCUAGAACUUAUUCUUACAUCUUGAAAACAAUGAAGAAGCCCGAAGAGGUCGAUAAUUUGUUAGGAAGAAUGGAAAGAGGCGGUUGUAGAAUUGACGGCGACACGUACAAUUUGAUAUUGAAUCUUUAUGUCGAAUGGAAAUAUCACAAGGGUGUGAGAUACGUAUGGUCGGAGAUGGAGAGAAGCGGAUUAGGUCCUGAUCAGCGUUCAUUUACCAUAAUGAUUCACGGGCUUUAUGCGCAAGGGAAGUUAGAUGAGGCUUUGCAAUACUACGACGAGAUGAAGGCGAAAGGAAUGAUUCCGGAACCGAGGACGAGAAUAAUAAUAAAAGCAAUUCAUUUAAAAAGAGAGGGGGGAAAUAGUGGAUCAGAUCAUUCUCCGAAUUCUGUAGAAAAGAGGAGAUUCGUGAGCUGAUCCAUACAGAAUUUCUAAGUCAACAUUAAUAUAGUUGGGAAUUACAGUCCAGAUGUGAGUUGGUCUAUGAAUUGACCUACGUACUUACACUGUUGAGCUCUAAUUUGUGUACUUCAAAGGUUUUGGGGAGAGGUAGCAGGAGAGUGUACAUCAUUGAGCUUACCGACAGAAACCACAGCUUCUAAAUUCAUGUGCCUCAUUGUAUUCAACUAAUGCGACGCUAGAUGGUGGACAAUAUGGAUGGGUACCAUCAAUGCCAUCUGCAAUUGACGACUAAAUGUUUCAAAAUUUCCUCCUUACACCCAGCUAAAGCAUUACAAAAAUGCUGCAACAUCAGCAUUCUGAGCUCUGAAGAAGCUGCAGGAAGCCAUUCUUUCGUGGCGAUCUGCGUAUACAUUGUUGCAGAUAGAUUGAAAGAUGUAGUCAAGCUUGACAAGUUUAGAAAUAGCAAACGCCCCAAGUUCCAGUAUGUCAUUUCUAGCAUCUUUUUAUCGCCAUUAUCAUUUUGGACUAUACAGGAAAACUUAAGAUUUGUGACAUCAACAGCUUUUUUUCUUAUUAGGAACUACUUAACACUAACAAGUAGUUAUAUAGUCCUUAUUUAUUGUCA